AGCUUGUCGUCUAUGAAAAGCUGGGCAGAGGGAAACGAAGGGCGAAGGGGUUGUUUCCAGUGUGUUUUGGCGAUGAGGUCAUCGAGAUUCGUCAGAUUCCCUCGCUCGCUCGCUCGUCCCGUCCCCCGCGUAUCUUUCCAUUCGUCCAGCUGAUCGAGGAUAGCGAUACGGGUAUAUGAAGUGGAAAGGGUCGACGAGUUGCGCAGCUUUCACACCUCCAUCAUCGUGCGUGCACAACCUGAUCCGCAGCCAUACGAGCCUUAUCAACCAUGGGCGUCGACGUGAAACAGUUCGGGACAACUACCUUGUCCGCCCUCCAGGCCUCGGUGACUGUGCUCUUGAUCCUCGGAUAUGGAUAUUACUUGAGACGCUCGGACUUUGUGGAUCGGAAAACGGAAAAUGGAGUGAGCAAGCUCUGCGUCAAGAUCUUUCUCCCAUGCCUGCUCUUCUCCCAAAUCGGACCUCUGGCCACGCCCAAGAACCUCGAAUCGUACUGGAUCGUCGUCGUCCUCUCGUUGGCCUACCAACUCAUCUCCUGGCUGUUCGGCUUCAUCGGGGUCAAGCUCUUUGGUUUCCCACAAUGGAUCGUACCGUGCAUGAUCUUCAACAAUGCUACAUCGUUGCCGCUGUUGCUCCUCCAAGCGCUAGGGAAGAUCGGGACGCUCAAGAGUCUUGUAGGAGAGGGAGAGGAGAUGAGCGAGGUUUUAGCUCGAGGCAAGGUUUACCUAUUGAUCAAUGCCUUGGUGUCGAACCUGGUCAGAUUUGCAAUCGGUCCUUACAUGCUCGAGGCCAAGGAAGACAAUGGCGAACCGUUUAACCCGCAACUCUGGCUCGAAUCCACCAUCUCCGAGAUCCCCAAGAGCAUGCCCGAGCUCCCAGAAUGGGACGAUCACACGCACGGACCGUCCAACCCCCAGCCCGACUAUCCCAACGUCCAGCCAUACCCUUCGGUCGAGAACAACGAGACCUCGCCGUUGUUGAACAAGAACAAGGCCAAGGCGGUGUCCAAGGGCGUCUUCCGGGCCGCAGUCGUCCUGGCCAAGAAGGCUACGUCAUUCAUGAAUCCUCCGAUGUGGGGUGGAGUGCUCGCAAUCAUCUCUGGCCUGAUUCCGUGGUUACGACACUCGUUGUUCGACGAUUCGGGCGUGCUCUCGGCCUUUGAACAAUCGGUGGAAAACUUGGGAGACCUGUAUACUUCGUUACAGACGUUGAUCCUGGGUAGCCAGCUGUACAGCAAGGCUGGACAUCGACCACCCGUCGGAGCCGUAGCGUACUUGUUCCUCUACCGGUUCUUCAUUGUUACCGGCGUGUCGUGUGGUUUAGUAGUCGCGUCCCGCAAGCUGUUGGGAGACUACAUCAAGAAAGAUCCUAUUCUUGACUUUAUGUUGAUCCUUGCACCAACUGGACCUUCUGCACUCUCGCUGGCCGCCAUCGUCUCCAUGUCGGAUGCGAGCGAAGAGACGGCCUCGGUCGUCGCUCAGACCUUGCUCGUCAGCCACAUCGCCACCCCUCUGAUCAGUCUCACGGUGUCGGCAGCUCUCGUGGUCGUGCAAGCUCUGCAUCCUUGAUCUUCACUCGUUCGCGUAGUCAUCGUUCCGUAUCAUUUGCCAGGACUCCGAGGUCAUACCCGAUACCCCUCAUUCCAUCGCCACGAUCACGAAAUCGCAUGCAUGUACAAUAUGGAAUUACAGUCAGCAAAUAUCAUCACAGCCUUGUACUCAGGCCUCUACAGCAUAG